CGUUAGAAAUGGCAACACAGCGGUUUUGUGUUGCAAAAGAUGGAGCAAAGGAAGAGGAAGAGGUCUCAGCCUGAGCGUAGGACUAAGAGAGCGGUAGAGAACAACACAUUGAUAGGUGACAACGGGAAGGAGUGAGUAAACGGACAUGGACAAACGCCCAGAUGUUGCAGGCAGUGCCCAGCAGAUGUGAGCAGCCCAGCUGUGGAUUGAGGCUCUGCCAGCCUCGAUCUUGCUCAAGGGUGCUUAGUGGAGGGUCAAGUUGAUCACAUGAUCCAGUAUGAUGCACCUCAACUCCCUGGCCGAUGCUACGACCCUGACACAAGUGCACCCGUCAGCUUUUACAUCCCAUCACUCGCAGAACUGAAAUCAUGGCAGCCUUCUAAUCAAGAUGAGCAUUUCAACAAAGCUGCUAUCCCCUUGGCUCCACGACAGCCGCCUUUGCAGUGUAAUCGGCCAAGGACACUGGUCUGUCAUGAUAUGGCUGGCGGCUACCUGAAUGACAGGUUCAUACAAGGUGUACAAGAAGAGAAUCCUUUUGUCUUUUACCACUGGCUAUAUAUAGACAUCUUUGUAUAUUUCAGUCAUUACAUGGUGACCAUCCCACCAGUCUGCUGGACAAAUGCUGCGCAUAAGCAUGGUGUUGCUAUUCUAGGAACUUUCAUCACAGAAUGGGAAACUGGGGCUGCAAUCUGUGAGGCUUUUUUGGAGAAUGAGGAGACGUUCCGUGCGAUGGCCGAUAAGCUAGUGCUCAUUGCCCACUGCUUUCAGUUUGAUGGAUGGUUGGUUAACAUUGAAAAUGAAUUGAGUCCCAAUGCAGUUAAGAAUGUGCCUGGAUUUCUUAGUUACUUCCGUUCCAGGAUGCAGGAAGCUGUUCCUCACAGUCUGGUUAUCUGGUAUGACAGUGUUCUGGAGACUGGAUAUCUGAAAUGGCAGAACGAACUUAAUAAGCACAACAAAGUAUUCUUUGAUUCCUGUGAUGGUAUUUUUCUAAACUAUAACUGGAAGGAGGAACACCUUAAACGAAUGGUGACAUUGAUGGAGGAACGCCUUGCUGAUGUCUAUGUUGGAGUUGAUGUGUUUGGUCGAGGAGAUGUUGUAGGGGGAGAGUUUACAACCAAUCUGUCUUUGGAGCUGAUCCGGAAGUACAACUUUUCAGCAGCUAUAUUUGCUCCAGGCUGGGUCUACGAGACUUUGGAAAAGGAAAAAUUCCAUCAGAACCAACACAAGUUCUGGAACUUGUUGACCGAGUAUUUGCCCAUUCACAGCAUCUGCACAUUGCCCUUUACCACCUCUUUCUGCCAAGGCUUUGGGAAGAAUCUUUACAGGAAUGGAAAGGUAGAGGCUACUGGAAGCUGGCUUAACCUGAGUGCGCAGGAAAUUCAGCCUUUGUUUGCAGACCAGCAGCUGGAUCCAGCCAAUGGCUGUGUGAAGAUCCGUGGGUGUUCAGAAGUUGCCUGGAAUGGGGGCUGCUGUUUAGUGAUUAAUGGGCUAAUCCCUGCUACCAGAUCAAAUGUUUCUUUGAGGUUAUUUCGUUUGAAGGUCCAGAGUCCUCCCAAAGUUUUUGUUGCCUUUGUUUAUAAGUUAGAAGAUGGUGCCAAAGUUGUUGUGAGUCCGGAGCUGACAACUUGUCCACUCUCACAGUGCAAUUCGGCGAAGGCUUCUAUGGUUGAUGUACUAAAACCACUACCACUUCCAGAGGAUAAUGCCCUUGUCCAAAAGUUUAUUCAGAACUGUGAUCCAUGGAGCACUGAGGGAUGGACAGCUUGCUUCUAUCUCUUAGAGCUGACAGAUUGCAUUCUUCAGGAUAUCUCUGUCUGCAUUACUCACCUACUAAAGGAUGAGCAGGAUGUACAGUUUCAGUGCCUAAUUGGAGAAAUCAAGAUUCUGGAUAUAGCGAGACUGAGUGUGGAACAGAAACCAGUUGAAAAACUUACCGUCUUCAAUAUUUCAUGGAGAAAGGCCCCUGAAGCAACAGACCAGCUGCACCUGAGCGCUACAUUGCAGUGGGCCUAUCCUCCAAACACAGCAAGUUGUUUCAAGAUAUACUGUCGAGAACUAAACUACAACAAAAACCAAAAGGUCGCAGACCCUGAGUUGAUUCAUGUUGGCAGAACAAAUGCGAACCUGUACCGUGUGGUGGAUUUAGUACUUCACAGUGCUCCAGUAGGCAAGUCCCAUCAAGUGGAGUUUCUAAUUCAGCCGGUGACUCAGGCAGGUUUUGCAUUACCCCAGUCAGUAUGUGGAAGGUUAACUCUAAAUUACACCACCCCUCCACAGAAUCAUUAAUGUACAGGAGUAUUGCUGUUUGCGAAGAUAAUAAAUUCAGAGUUCUGUUAGUUUGUAUUUGUAUGUUCAUGGCUGGAAGCUACCAGCUGCCAUUGGGUUGGGUAACUUUGUUUUUCUGAGGCUAGAGACUUUGCCACCUUGAAUCCCACAAGCCUCCAAAUCUUUUGCUGCCCUUGUAAAUCAAAGGCCCUGUGCGUUGUUGCAGAUAUUCCUUACUUCAGCGACUAGCUCCUGGUUUGCAACAGCUUCCUCUUUUUGAAUCACUUUCCUCCGUUAAAGGUUUUUAUUUUUCAAAUCCUGUCCUGGGGAGGUGGGUGACAUGUUAAAUAAAGCAGCUUUGGAAUGCAAGUCUUUUUGAACGCCCCUAGCAGCAGCACAUCAAAACUCCUAAAGUAAACCUAAAUACCAUUGAUCCUUCCAUCCCAGCACCCACAGAAAACAUUAAAGAGAAAAGCACACAAUUCCUGUAACUGACUGCAUCACACACCUUCAUAGGAUUGAUUAUAUAUCCAAUCCCAGGCUUCUUUAAAACCAGGCCCCUCAAACCACACCAACAAUUUGCAUUUAUAUAGCACCAUUAAUGUGGAAAAACAAUCCUAACUACACUCCAGCAGUAAUUUAAGAUCUCACUGACUUCAGUAAGAGUUUUUUGAGUCCAUAAAUCCUUCAAGUUUAAUAUCUCAGCUGAAAUCUGUUAGCCACUAGUGCCGUGGACUCUUGCAGUGGAGUCAGGGCUAUAAAAUGGUUGUGUUGAAAAUGUUUUCUUGGCAGCUUUCUCCCCUCCAUCCCCCCCACCCCUUACUCCUUUGUGGCAUCUCCCAUCUCAUUGGUUAAGGGGAAAUAACACAUUAUGAGCCAAUCAACAAGCGCAAUAAUUGACCCUACAGAAACACAAGUGAGAGAUUUGUUUUAAUAGAAAGUAGCUUUUGGAAGAGCAACAAUGUUCGUAAAUUAAUCCUCGACGGAAAAUGAAAUUCCUUGGAUUGGAAAGACUGGAAUUUUUUUAAAAAGAAGCUUGGGGAGGAAUUUGGAAAGUUAUUGUCAUCACAGCCACGGAGUUCUUAUGCAGUAAUACUGGAGUACUAGACCCUGGAGUAAGGUCUUUGGCUUAGGUUUCCAACACCCAUUCCCCACACCUUCCCCAUCUCCCCCGCCCCUUGACUGUUCAGCAAAGUGGUGGGGUGGGAGUUGGAAAAAGAAACAUUUUAAGAAAGAUGUGAAUUUAUAUCGAACCUUUCCCCACCUCAGGGCUCUCACUAUCCAGCCAAUGAAAUACUCUGAAAGUUUAGGCACUAAUGCAGGAAAGCAACAGCCAAUUUGUGCACAGCAAGUUCCCACAAACAGCAACGUGAUAGUGCAGGUCCAGCAAGUAAUUAGGAAGGCAGGCGGUAUAUUAGUCUUUAGUGUGAUGGGGUUGGAGUAUAAGGCAGUCUUGCUGCAAUUGUACAGGGCUUCUGUGAGACCCCAUCUGGAGUAGAAUUUUUACCUUGGCGGGCAGGCUUGCGCCUGACCCGCUCCAGCGUAAACGUUGGCGAAUGUCCCGAUGUCAACGCGCAGUUGCGCGAUAUUUCAAUAGGCAGAUGCGCAUGGGAAUUGGCAGCAAGUCCGCCAACAAUUAAAAGGCCUGUUAAGGCCAUUAAAAAGAUAAUUAACCUAAAUUUUUUGCUGCCUGUCCAACCAGGAAACCUCAAACACGGGUGGGCUGAGGUUUCCAACAUCAAAUAAAAAUAAAGCACAAACUUUUAAAUUUCAUGUGUGACAGAGUCACAGGCAGGGGCGUGUUUUAUAGCAUAUUAAGAAUCUUUAUUUGUAAUUUUUAAAGCUCUUCACCUCCCUGAGGCAGCUCUGUGCCUCGGAGAUUUUCAAGCGCUCGCUCCUGCGUGUGCACGAAGCUCCCCACCCCCCUGCCCUCUGGGCUCGCCCUUCUCCGCCACCCGCACAGGCAGCGCUGCCGUUCAUGUUUCACGUUGGAAGACCCGCUGGCAUGAAAUUGCGGUCCGGCCAUGACCGCGGAUGGCAGUCAACUUCCUGGCUGCUCCCACCGAGCCCCCCUGACAAGGGAAGAAUUCUGCCCCUGGGGUAUUGUAUGCAAUUUUUUAUCUCUAUACCUAAGGAGGGACAUGCUUGCCUUAAAGGAAAUGCACCGAAGACUCAAUAGAUUGAUGCCUGGGAAUGAGAGGGUUGUCUUAUGAAGCGAGAUUGCGUAGAAUGGGCCUCAAUUCUUCAGGGAUUAGAAGAAUGAGAGGUGAUCUCAUUGAAACAUGUAAAGUUUCGGGUUGGCUUGUUGGGGUGGGUGCUGCAAGACCCUUUUCUCUGGCUGGAGACUCUAGACCUCUAGAGGCAUAGGGCGGGAUUUUGCGUCCCUGCCCCUUACUGUGAUCGCCCAGUCCUGCCGAAAGUCAAUGGACUUAUAGCUGGGCCACCGCAUCCCCCUCUCCCACCCCCGGCGUGUCUCAACUCGGAUGGUCCGAACCAUUGCCUCAGGAUAAGGGCCGUUUAGGACUGAGAUGAGAAAAGAAUUCCUCACUCCGAGGAUGGGGGGGGGGGGGCCUCUGGAAUUCUUGGCUGCUGAAAGCCAAGGAUGCUCAGAGAUUGAAUAUAUUCAAGGCUAAGAUUGGUGGAUUGUUGGGCAUAGGGGAAUCGGGGGUACAGAGAAUAGGGUGGGUAAGUGCAGUUGGUUUAGAAGCUCAGCCAUGAUCUUAUUGAACGGCGGAGCAGACUUGAAUGGCCUUCUCUCCUUUUGCUCGUUUACCUAUAAAAAAUGCAGGGGAGGAAAUAGGCUAAAUGUUUCAUUCCUUUGCCAGAGUAUAGAAGCUCUUUGGAAGGAGUUGGCAGUUUGUGAAGUGAAUGCUGAUUCACUCUGUAUAUUUUGAGGGAGCUGGGCUGCUUCAUGCUUGGGCCAGAGACAGUGUUGUACGAGUGGAGGGUAACAAAUAACAUUCCGUGAUCAAUGGAGUCUCCUGGCCCAGUUUUGACUGCCUUGAGGGAUCAGAGAAAAACUUUCCAGGUUAUUGCUCCCCCAUGAUCGGCCUUGAGUUUUUGACUUUGUUGGCUUCUCCCAGGUAAUGACAUGAUACCCAGGCUUUAAAGAGCCUCCUAACCUGCUGCGUAAGCUGUCACAACUAUAUAGGACUGGCUAGUCAGACCCAUUGCAACUUUCCUGGCUGACAUUGUGUUCAUUAACGAGACAACAGAUUUUCCAGGAGGAGGAAAAGAUGCUGUUUUUAAACAGAUCACAUGCCGAUUACCUUUGGCUACCACUUUGGAGGCUGGCCACAGUUGUUAAUUGCAUAUCAAUUGUAUUUAAUAAUAGUUAUGAAUGUAAUGUUUUAUAAGAUGGCUGUGUUUUAAACUGUUUCUUUACUUCAAGAUAAAAUGGGCACGGAAGAGGAUUAUGUGACCUGUUGCUAGUUCUGCCCAAUAACAGGCUUGUGUGACUUGGUUACCAUGGAGACCAGGGGCCCAGGUUAAGUGCUAUUGAAAUCCACAUAUCAGGUUUAACACCUGAAAACAAAGGUCAGGCCAUCUACUGCCUGGACGUGGCAGACUUACUGUCUUAGAGACUUUGCAGAGAGAGAGCGGGUGUGCAUUGGAGGGAGACUGAGGGAACCAGCAGCUGCUGUAAGCAUAAGGAGAAAAGGCUGUUCUCUCUUAAAUACAAGGCAGAAUACUGGUGGGAACCUGUCCUCUGGUCACGGAGAUGGAGCCUGUACAGAUUUGAGGCCAAUGGAAGAUUUGUACUGGCAUGAUCAGUGGAAGGAAUUACUGGAGUAGGCAAUGCUGCUGGUAGUCAAUUCGUGAUUUCUCACAAGACUGAGGGAGAAGACCUUCAAUCACUGGAUGUUUCUGUGGAGAGCAUGCUGUAACCUAUAAACAGUGUAACGUUAUUGGCCGGAUUAAGAAUCUAAUAGGGUUAUCUUUUCUGUAGUUUAGAGUAUUAGUUGCUUAAUUUUGAUUUUAGCUUUGUUAGUUUGCCACAAUUAGAGUUAAAACAUGAAAUCUUGGGAGAUUCCUUUAAAUUGGUCACUAGGAUUCAAAUCUCCUUUUAAAAAAGUUAUCAGUCUCUAGGGAUUGUAACAAGAGGGCAUUUAUUGGCAUUUCACUUGAGUACAUGUGAAGAGACGCUUACUGAAACUGUGGUGGGGGUGAGUUAGGAGGUGUAUGCUUGUAAAGUUUAAUUCUGUAAAUAAACAUAAGACUGAGUAAA